AUGCGUUCUGCCUCUUGCCUGAACCCAUUGGUGCGACUGUCGCCGCGGUCUGGCUUCGUGUCCACGACGACGACGAGCAGUUCGAGCGUUCGGUCGGUCGCGCCGUCGCACCUGCAGCUCGGCGCGCGCCGCUACAGCCGCCGCUCCACUUGGUCGUCCUCCUCGACAUCACUCCCACUCCAACUGCCCCGCCUCCGGUUUCCCUCUUCUGCUUCUUCGCACCUCGGCAACUCCGGCUCAUUUUCAUCCUCCACUUCUUUCCGUUCUUUCUCUUCGACACCGUUCACUACGAUGGUGAAGCGUGAACCGAGUGACCGCGUCUUGACUCGAUCGAGUAUCAAUCCGGCCGUACUGAAAGCCGAGUAUGCCGUCCGAGGUGAGGACCCGCUUGAUUCUCGCUCUCUCUACGCAUGCGGGCAACCCAGUCGCACGAUGCAUCGACUCAUCCAUCUCCUCCUCCUUCUUCCUACUCUCUAGGCAAGAUUCCACUCCGCGCCGAGGAAUUGCGCGAGCAACUCGAAUCCGGUGAUGACCACAAGUUGCCGUUCGACCAAGUCGUGAGCUGCAACAUUGGCAACCCGCAACAACUCGAUCAGAAACCCUUGACCUAUCUUCGUCAGGUACGUCUCAGCUUCUCGUGUGUGUGUGGUCAUGGGGCGUUUGCUGCGGUGAGCGGGCUCGGAGUAUCGGACGAGCGUCAUGCCCCGAGUCAAAACUCUCAAUUCUCCCCCACCUCACCCCUGCGGAGUCCCGAGAGGCCCGGUGGGGACUCCUCGCGAUCGACCAUCGCCCCAAGUGCCUAUCGUGCUCCGACUGCGACCGAUCCCUCUUUCUCGGAUUUCUCGCAAACACAUUCCACCACCGUACGCGCUUCAUUCCCACUUUGCUCACCUACGUUCCCUUGCUAUUCUCUAUAUCAGCUCGCGGCUCUGACCGAGUACCCGAUCCUGAUCGACUCGCCCGAGGCGUCAGCCCUCUUCCCCAAGGAUGUGCUUGCCCGCGCCAAGAAGCUUGUCGAGGAGGUUGGAAGCGUCGGUGCUUAUUCGCAUUCGAUGGGUGUACCUGCGAUCAGGAAGAGGAUUGCCAAGUUCAUCGAGGGUAGGUCAUCAUCUCUAAAAGGGAGCCGCGGCCCACAACGGGAGCUGGUCUGUCGCCGACGAGUCGGACCGGACACGACGGAAGACUGACCUGUUCGAUGUUUCGGGGCUCAUAGAACGAGACGGCUACCCUUCGUCGCCGGACAAGAUUUACAUCACCGCUGGUGCUUCGGGAGGUGUGUCGAACUUGCUUCAAGUGCUCGUCGCUUCCGCCGAGGAUGGUGUCUUGAUCCCGAUCCCACAAUACCCGCUCUACACGGCCGCAUUGGCGCUCAAUUCGGCCCGUGCGGUCCCUUACUAUCUCGAUGAAUCCAACGCCUGGUCUCUCGACAUGGACGACGUGCGAAACAACGUUCAAAAAGCUCGCGAGGACGGCACCGUGCUCAAGGCGAUGGUCGUGAUUAACCCGGGGAACCCUACGGGCAACUGCUUGUCGCGCGAGAACAUGAACGACAUCCUCAAGGUCUGCUACGAGGAAAAGUUGGUGCUCAUGGCCGAUGAGGUCUACCAGGACAACAUCUAUCACAAGAACCGACCCUUCAUUUCGUUCAAAAAGGCCCUCAAGGACCUCGGGGCCCCCUACAGCGAUAACGUCGAACUCGUUUCAUUCCAUUCCAUCUCCAAGGGACAGACCGGUGAAUGCGGUCGAAGAGGAGGUUAUUUCGAACUGUGCAACUUUGCGCCCGAAGCCGAAGAGGAAAUUUAUAAGCUCGCUUCGAUUCAACUUUGUCCCUCGUUGGGGGGUCAGAUCGGCGUCGACGUGUUGGUGUGUCCUCCCAAAGAAGGGGAGGCGAGCUAUGCGCAAUGGAUCGAGGAGAGGGAGGGGAUCGCCAAGACGUUGAAGGAGAGGAGUGAGAUCUUGCACAAGGCGUUCAACGAGCUGGAAGGCGUCGAAUGCAAUGACGCAGAGGUCAGUAUUCGCCAACGCGUUUUCCCGGGAAUGAUGUUCUGUACAGGAAGCUGAAUCUGAACGCUAUCGGUGAAUUCACAGGGAGCGCUGUACCUAUUCCCGACGGUCCACCUUCCUCCCAAGGCCAUCGAAGCGGCCAAGAAAGCCAAUCUCGCCCCCGACGCGUUCUACUGCCUCGAACUCUUGCAAGCGACAGGGAUCUGCGUCGUGCCUGGAUCAGGGUUCGGGCAAAAGGAAGGCACUUUCCAUUUCCGAACGACGUUCUUGGCGCCGGGGACGGACAAGUUCGCGAAGAGGUUGCAGCAGUUCCAUGAGGGCUUCAUGAAGCAAUACAGGGAUUAA